CGUGACGUCACUAGGAGGCGCCCUCGUGGGGCGCCGAGCGCAAGUCCCGGGGCUUCUGGGUAGCGAAUUACUCCCGCCCCCAGCACCGGCGCCUUCCUUUCCGUCCCUGACGCCACCGAGGUCGCACGCGCGAGGCUGCUCUGCCGCCGCUGAGAUGCGUUACGUUGCCUCCUACUUGUUGGCCGCCCUCGGGGGCAAUUCCUCCCCCAGCGCCAAGGACAUCAAAAAGAUCCUGGACAGCGUGGGCAUCGAGGCAGACGACGACCGGCUCAACAAGGUCAUCAGUGAGCUCCACGGAAAGAACAUCGAGGACGUCAUUGCUCAGGGUAUCGGCAAGCUGGCCAGUGUGCCCGCUGGCGGGGCUGUGGCCGUCUCCGCUGCCCCAGGAUCGGCAGCACCCGCUGCGGGUUCUGCUCCAGCUGCAGCGGAGGAGAAGAAGGAGGAGAAGAAGGAAGAGUCGGAGGAGUCAGAUGACGACAUGGGCUUCGGCUUGUUUGACUAGAGUCCCGCUCCCCUGCAAAUAAAACCGUUUUUAUGUA